UCUAUCCAUUAAAUUCCUGCCCAAGACACGGUUUCCAGACGUAUCUAGUUCCCCACUCACAGACUGCUCUUUCCUCUUUGUUUUUCAUCAGUAUCUCAGCUUAAGGCGUAUGAUGGCAACCAUCAAAGUCCAUGGAAGCCCUUUCUCAACAGCUACACAGCGAGUUCUCGUCUCCCUCUAUGAGAAAGAGUUGGAGUUUGAGUUUGUUAAUGUGAAUAUGGGAGCAGGCGAGCACAAGAAAGAGCCUUUCAUCUCCCUCAAUCCAUUUGGUCAAGUUCCGGCUUUGGAAGAUGGAGAUCUCAAGCUCUUUGAAUCAAGGGCAAUUACCCAAUACAUCACCCACGAGAACCCUGACAAGGGAACCCAGCUUUUGUGCACAGGCAAGCAGAUGGCAAUAGUAUCAGUGUGGAUGGAGGUGGAGGCUCAAAAAUUUGAACCAGCAGCUUCAAAGCUGAACUGGGAAGUAUUUUACAAGCCAUUUUUUGGGCUGACCACCGAUCCAGCAGCAGUAGAGGAAAACGAAGCUAAAUUGGCUAACGUUCUUGAUGUCUACGAGUCACGGCUAGCUCAAUCCAAGUAUUUGGCUGGUGACUCCUUCACCUUGGCAGAUCUGCACCAUCUACCUAACUUACACUUGCUGUUGGUGACACAGAGCAAAAAAUUGAUCGAUUCACGGCCCCAUGUUAGCGCAUGGGCAGCUGAUAUCACUGCAAGACCAGCUUGGGCGAAGGUUCUUGCCAUGCAAAAGAGUUGAAAAGGGCGGCUGCUAGUCUAGCUACAGGAGUUUGGUCAUUUCUCUUCAAUAAUUGACCAUGCUGUGUCCUGUUUCCUUGUGUGUCUUCUGAUGUGUUUUUGGCAUCAGUCUUCUAUGCGAAGACUAAUUUCCUUGUCUCUCCUUUCAAAUAAAGUUAUGUCCUACUUCUA